AUACCUUAUCGGUCACAACCAGCUGAUUUCACCGGUUAAUUUUGAAACGUGAGAUUUUUGAACCGGGUUAAUUCUGAAACGCCUCGAAGUAUAAGUGAUCUCUACGGACGAAGCGCCUCAUAUAAUUUCAAUAGGACUUCACAGUUGGCAACGCUGGUAGUGCCCUUGCUGUAGCCCGACCAGCCAUGUUUGCGUUUUCAUCAAAAUCAGCUGUUCAAAACAUCCCGGCAAAAUUAUUAAACCAGUGGUUGAUUUUGUCCAGCCGUUUUCUUUUCGUGGCAAAUCCAAAUUUAGCUAAUAAAAUGAGUUGGGAAUCUGAGAAACGCAAAUAUAUAUCUGAAUACGACUCUCGGGAUAAUCAACAAUGGACAAAGUGGCAGGACAUCAAAACCUGGAAGCAGUAUGCCCAAGAAAAAAAUUUGGGAAAACCUGGGACUGCUUUGCCUGGGAAUGAGAUUGAUAAUUCAAAAAAUGAGAUUUUAGCUGAUAAAAUUUCUUUUUUUGUUGGUGAUAUUACAAAACUUAAGGUUAAUGCCAUUGUAAAUGCCGCGAAUAAAUACCUGAAGGCAGGAGGCGGUGUCGAUGGGGCCAUUCACAGAACUGCUGGUUCAAAUCUACAGAUGGAAUGUAAUAGUCUGGGCAGCUGUGAGACUGGGGAUGCCAAAAUCAUGGGAGGAUAUAAAUUACCAGCAAAAUAUGUGAUUGCUACUGUGGGUCCUCAAGGAGAAAAACCAGCCCUUCUGAAGAGUUGCUAUCAAAAAAGCCUUGAAGUUGCCAUGGCCAAUAAUGCUUCAACUAUUGCUUUUCCAUGUAUUUCUACUGGAAUAUAUGGGUACCCCAAUGAGGCAGCAUCUCAUGUGGCAUCUUAUACUGUUCGGAAAUUCUUGGAACAACAUCAUGACAAGUUUGAGCGAGUAAUAUUUUGUCUUUUUAUGGAAGUGGAUGUGGAUCUCUAUGAAAGAAUUUUACAAGUAUAUUUUCCGCUGAAAUCGUAAAAUCUUAAAAAAUAAAUACACUUUAUUGAUUUUUUUA